AUGACAAAGGGCUGGUGCGGCGACCUCGCUCUGCUGCUGCCCAAGACCAUCACCGACGACGACUGCCGCUUGAUUUGCUCCCGCGCCAUGUAUGCGCACGUCAAGGUGCAGUGCCGCGUGUGCGACGGUACCUGGCAUUGUGUCGUCCUCACCCACCUCGGCGCCGCCGCGAUGACGAACUCGGGUGUCGAGUCCUCGCCGAAGUCGCUGUCGUCGGGGGCCACAUCGACCUUCUGCAGAGUCAUUUGCACGACCAUGACGUCGACGCAGCCAGCCUUUACAGAGCGCCGUCUUGCGAUGGGAUGCCGAAGACGACACGACGGACCGCGCCAUGGCCCAGGCGGCGGCGCACAAGUUCUGCCCCUGCUUACUCUUGGGAAGAACGUGUGCUCGACGACCGUGAUGGACCAAGCCGCGACGGCCACCUGCAUAUCGUUCGUGCCUCGCCACGCACCAGCGUGA